AUGCCUCCUCCACCACCACCACCUCCGCCGCCGCCUGGAGGGAUGGGUGGCCCUCCUCCUCCCCCUCCUCCACCAGGGGGUAUGGGCGGACCUCCCCCUCCCCCUCCUCCGUCUGGGAGUCUUCCAAGUCGGCCAGCGAAGGGCGAAGCCAAAGAUAGGAGCGCGCUUCUUUCAGAUAUCACCAAAGGCGCUAGACUGAAGAAGACCGUCACAAAUGACAGAUCGGCGCCCUUGAUUACGGGAGGAGUUAAAUCAGCUGCACCUCCAGUUGCAGGUGCACCUCCUGUUCCUGGCAUGUCGAAACCCCCGAGUGGCCUGGCACCACCUGUUCCCUCAGCCAACCGAGUAAGAAGCAGUAGCGAAAGCGGCGGCGGCGGAGAUAGUGGUACAUCAACGGCUCCUCAACUGGGAGGACUCUUCGCAGGAGGGAUGCCCAAAUUGCGCAGUCGGGGCGGCGUUGACACAGGAGCCAACCGUGACUCGCCUUAUAUGUCAGACCCGGAGGCUUCGCGAGCUCCACGACCUCCUGUCGCUUCUGCUCCAAAGCCUCCAGGAGCUCGUCCACCACUACCACCGUCUUCUACGGAACCGCCGUCUGCCCCUCCGCUUAACCCGCUAGUUGCUCAUCUGCGCAAACCUCCGCCGAGACCAGCCUCAAGGCCUUCCUCAACCGUCUCAUCCUCUACAUCAAUCAAAACCACUCCGGAUGCCGCACCUCCACGCGCACCUCCUCCUUUGCCUGGUUCGGCGAAACUGCCACCUCCUCCGUUGACGUCGAGGAAGGCAUCCUCGGCAGCUCCUCCACCCCCACCCCCAGCCCCUUCCAGUCCGGCUGCACCUCCUCCUCCUCCGCCGGCAUCUUCAGCACCCCGACCGCCUCCUCCCGCACCUGCACGAUCGACCCCUCCCCCUCCACCCCCGGCAGCAGCGGGUUCAUCACCACAUACAAAUGGGGCAGCGGCUGCUUCUAUCGCGGUGCAAGCUGCCAGGAACGCUCUCGGACAUAGUAACCAUGCGCCAUCCGCACCUCCUCCACCUCCUCCUCCAUCAGCAUCUGCCCCAUCAGCGCCUCCACCACCACCCCCGCCAUCGGCUCCUCCAACGGCGCCAGCAUUACACCCCAGUCAUCCGCCACCUCCUCCAGCACAACCUCCAACACCGCCGCCUAGCCAGCCUGUGGCACGUUCGACCUUGGAUCCGAGUGCUUAUACCCUAACCAAUGGCGGCUUGUCGCCCGGCCAUCAGAACACGGGCUCGCACGGAAUAAUUCGAGUGGAAGACAAUCGGUUCAAAUUUCAGAGCGACGGGCUGCUUCCCAAGCCACGCCCGUUUGUGGGAGGUCCCCGGCGGUACCGUGCUGGGCGAGGUAGCAGUGUACCAUUAGACUUGAGUGCGCUGAGCGGCUAA